AUGGGUCAACAACAAUCUUCGGCAAGUCGACCACCUGCCCCCCCUAAAGAGCAGCCAGAGAAGAAUCUUAACCUCAAAAAGAAGAAGCGCAUGCGCGGACCAGAAACUCUCUCCAAACUCCCACCUAUUCUCCCCCAAACUAAGUGCAAGUUAAGACAACUUAAGUUAGAAAAAGUCCGAGAUUACUUGGUAUUAGAAGAGGGCAUUCUUUCUUUCCAAGCCCAAACGGCCGAGGAGGGAGCCUUUUCGACCGAACGAGCUACAGUCGAUAAGUUCCGUGGGUAUCCCAUGAACUUAGGAACUUUGGAAGAGUUUAUUGAUGAGAACCAUGCUAUUGUCAGUAUUAGUACGGGCCAGGAGUACUACGUGCCAAUCUACUCAUUUGUUGAUCGUGAUGCAUUAGAGCCGGGAUGCACAGUCCUUCUGAACCAGCGCGAAAGUGGAGUGGUGGGAGUAUUAGAAGGUGAGACUGAUCCCUUAGUUAGUGUGAUGAAGUUAGAGAAAGCGCCACUGGAGACUUAUGCGGAUAUUGGUGGACUGGAGCAACAGAUUCAGGAAAUCAAGGAGGCCGUUGAAUUGCCCUUAACUAAUCCCGAACUUUAUGACGAAAUGGGCAUUAAACCGCCCAAGGGUGUUAUUCUGUAUGGUGCGCCAGGGACGGGCAAGACUCUUUUAGCUAAGGCAGUUGCUAACCAGACUUCAGCCACCUUUUUACGUAUUGUUGGUUCUGAGCUUAUUCAGAAGUACUUGGGAGAAGGUCCUAAACUAGUGCGAGAGUUGUUUAAGGCUGCGGAAAUGCAUACACCGGCAAUUAUCUUUAUUGAUGAAAUUGAUGCGAUUGGGACUAAGCGGUAUGAUACGACUUCUGGUGGAGAGAAGGAAAUAGAAAGGACAAUGUUGGAAUUGCUUAAUCAACUGGAUGGGUUUGAUACGUCUUCAGAUAUCAAAGUCAUUAUGGCAACCAAUCGCAUUGAGAGUCUAGAUCCGGCUCUAAUCCGGCCGGGUCGAAUCGAUCGUAAGAUUGAGUUCCCAGUUCCCGAUAUUCAAACCAAGCGAAAGAUCUUCAGCAUUCACACUAAUCGCAUGACUCUAGCCAAGGACGUAGUACUGAACGAUAUGAUCGGCACGAAUGAGGAUUUAAGUGGAGCGGAUAUCAAAGCCAUAUGUACUGAGGCCGGCAUGUUGGCCCUUCGUGAGAGACGAAAGCAAGUAACCAUGCAAGACUUCAUUAAGGCCAAAGAAAAGGUCCAAGCCACCAAGUUGGAAGUCGUCCCUGCCGCUCUUUAUGCUUAA